GCCUUUGUUCAACGCUAGGGCGACAUGUAAAAACGCCUCGCCAAGUUCCAGCAGAAAAUCACAUUUUACCGGAAUUUCUACGACUGUAUAUGUGUUUCAGAGCAAUUGUCACAUAUUCUGUGAUAUGUUGAUGUGUUGUUUAGACGCUGUAGCAGAACCAGGGGCUGACAUUUUGUUGCAGAUAGUCCGGGGCUUACAACGAAAUUCCAGGCAGGUUGGAUCAACGUACAACGGCAGUGACUGACGAUUGCUGUGCGAAGAUUCUUCGAUUUGAAUGGAUGUCCUCAAUAUAAACCCAUGAAGGAAUACGAAUCUCGCAAAAGUGGAUUAUUCGAAGUCAUUCCAAGCCCACCACAAAUCGCCCAAUCUACAUAGUGAAUGUGAGUAGUCUUAAAAAUGGCCACAUCGCCCGAGAAUUCUGCUGCUGCAGAAAAGGACGCCCUCCAGUGUCAGGACAAUGAGAUUCCUGUGACAGACACAACUGAGGUCAUGACCUGUGAGGAAUGCGGCUCUACGUUCACUAACCCAAGUUAUUUUCAUGACCACAACCGCUGGCAUAACCACGUGCGCAAAGAGCGAGCUGCUUCGAUCGGGAAGAGCACCUUGGGAGGAGACCACCACACAGCAUCUUCCAGCAGUGCUGUCUCGGACGGUAUUAAAGUGGAGAAGAAAGACGAUGCUGAGUAUCUGGCCGCACACGCUCUUCUGAAACCCUUUGCGUGUGAAUACUGCGGAUGGCGGUUCGUCCUCAGGAAGGACUUGGUGCAUCAUGUGCGGACACACACAGGCGAGAAGCCGUACGAAUGCUCCGAGUGUGGUAAACGGUUCGCCCGAGCGCAUUCCCUUAACCAGCACAAGAGGACACACGAGGGUCCUAUUUAUACUGUGAACUAUCAAACACCUCCCAAACAACCUGACCACACAGAUAAGCAAAAUGCCAAUGAUGUCAUAGUACCGGUCGUAAUUCCUGAAACCAAGGCAUUUGAGGUAUCUCCACCAAUCGUAGAAAGCAACCCAGGGAAUCCCCCAGAUGACGACACCACACCGCCAUGGGGGUAUCAACAAGCUGACACUGAUGGACCAUCAUCUGCAUCAAAUACCCAAGCAGGUCUCCUUACAGACAGCGAUACCUCCCUUGGAGAAGCACCCUCUGGUAUCCAUGGUGGUGGUAAGCGCGGGGUACGCUUCACUUGCCAGUUCUGCGGGUGGGGCUUCUGGGACAGGAAAGACAAGCGCCAGCACGAGUGGACGCACACUGGAUACAAACCGUACAAGUGCUCUAUGUGCGACAAGACCUUCUCGAGGACCUACUCACGUACGCUCCACAUGAGAACACACUCCGGCGAGAGGCCGUACACCUGUCAGCACUGCGACAAGACUUUCCCUUCUCCUAGUAGCCUGCGCUCACACGAGAACGUCCACACGAAGAUCCGCCGGCACAAGUGCACCAUGUGCCCAGAGAGCUUCAAGAAGAUGGCUGAUUUUAAGGAACACCAGCUGGAACACCUCAGUACUGACCCGAAUUUGUUUGCAACCUCAUACACUGGCGACUCCGAAGAGGUGAGUGCUACACACGAGGACACCUCUUCAGCUAGUCAACCCUUCCCUGUCAACAUUACCUUUUCACACUUGCCAGGAACUUCUCUAAAUUUGCUUGAACAAAAGUCCAGUGAUUCCUACCAACAAUUAAACCCCACUGGGGUCAUGGAACAGUCUACAGAGCCAGACCAAUUUGCUGACCCUGACCAACGUAUCAUCGAAAACGAUGCACAUGUUUCUGAAACGAAGCAAAGUGCAAACAACGAAGCGACAAUGAAACAAAGGCAAACAGAUGUAGUGCCUUCCGUCAACACUUACAGUAGUCUUCUCUCAGGGUUGCUCAAGAAAAGACGCGAUGUUAGAUUCUUCUGUAAGCACUGCGAGAAGGGAUUCCACACCAAGAAGGAGUGCCACCAGCAUGAGACUAGCCACAUUGCAAAGACCCCACUUGAGUGCAGUAUUUGCGGCAAGAACUUCUCUAGCCAAUACUUGCUUAAAAUGCACAUGAUAGGACACACCAGGAAGACCCAAAAGGCCUCCCGCACCAACAUGAAAAAGUACGGGUGUGAACUCUGCGAGGAAACAUUCACUCUGGAGGUUGACUUUACUGACCAUCUGCAGCUCCAUCAGAACCAGGAUCCGGCAAGGUUUAUUCAAUACUACCCAGACGGAUUUAAUCUGGGAGGUCAGAAAGCUAGUGACCUCAAGACCCUCAGUCCCCUUGCUCCAAGUGCAACCGAUGUCACACAGACAGCCGUAUACUCUGCAGCUCCAAUCUCAGAUAGUGGUUCAACUCAGCCGCAGACAACCAAAAGGCGAAAGAAACCGGGAAGAGUGCCGCAAGCCGGAAAUGACCCAUUACGCUUCGGUUGCAGUUUCUGCACACGGCGAUUCAGGUGCAAGAAAGAUUGGCGGCAGCAUGAAAACACACACACCGGUCUCAAACCAUAUACCUGUACGGUGUGUGGAAAGAAGCUCUCCCGCCACUACACACUGAAGGUCCACAUGCUCACUCACACCGGGCAGAAGCCAAUCUCGUGCGCUCACUGUGACAAGAGCUUUCGGGUCAAGAGCAGGCUACGCACCCAUGAACGAAUCCACCACGCAGCGCUUUGCAACCCAACCCUGCAUAACAAAUGCGACCUCUGCCAGAUGGCCUUCAAAGAGUUGAGCGAUCUAGAGAAUCACAUCAGAGUUGGUCACGAUGAUGUUGUCAGAAUGAUGGCUAAAAACUUCUUCAACUCGACACCGGUAACAUCAGCAUUGUUUAGGCCAGCUGCAGUUUCUGAGAAUCAGAAGCUCAGUGUCUCUUCUGACGAACCCUAUCAGGAAGAAAUCACCUGCACUGUUCGCUACAUAUCCAAAAGAAAUAGGAUCAUUGAUCCAGUGGCCGCGAAUGCCAUUGACAGCUGGCUUGAGGGAAACAAAGUCAGUGGACAGGCUAGAUUCAUGUGCCACUUCUGUGGUAAAGGAUUCCACAAUGCAAGAGACUGGCAACAGCACGAGAACACCCACACAGGCUACAAACCUUACGCCUGUGACAUAUGUGGGAAGAAGCUCUCCCGCUUGCAUUCUCUUAAAGCUCACAAGCUGAGACAUCUAAAGGGACAUCCAAAUGUCUGUCAAUUCUACAAUUGUGGCAAACGGUUCAAGGAAGAAGCGGAGCUUGAUGAACACAUGAAGUCUCACCUGUCUAGUUUCCAGUGCACAAAGUGUCAAGUCUGUUUUGAGACCGUUUUUGAGUUGGAGAUACACAUGGCCGAACAUGACAAGGAGGGUCAGGUUUCUGCUGAACAUGACAUGGAGGGUCAGGAUUCUGUCGAAUACCAGGAAGUUCCUUCUGGACCGUUCUUCUUCAAACGGAACGGAGAGAGCUCUGAGAAGGAACAAGAUUCUCUUGCUUCCGGACCUCCAAAGAAGAAAGAGGCAUUUAAACCAAUGCCUGGAACAAUAAGGUAUCAGUGUUCCUACUGUGGAUGGCGAACUGAGGACUUUGAUAUCUUUAAACGUCACAAAAUAUGGCACAGGAGACGCAAGAACAAAGCUGGACAACUGAAGAAAUCUUGCAACAAAUGUGGAGCAGCCUUCGUCACAAACGAAAAACUGGAAGUUCAUAUGAGAACAUGUGGUUUCCUAUGCAGUUUGUGCAGAAAACCUUUCAAGACCAAACUUUUGCUUGAAGAGCAUUUGAAGAGGCAUUCUGAAGGUCUGCAAGAGUCGAUUCAUAGGUCUGCAGGAGAUGAAAGCUUUGAAGAAGCAUCAACUGUUUCUCUUUCAGAGACUUCUGGCCAAGAUCUCCUAAGAGGUCUGAGCAAGGUUGCUGUCGUCUCCGAGGAGAUAAGAAGUGGUCCUCCGGAGGGUGGAAUGAGCUUCAAUAUUUUGGAAUCACUUCUCAGUCGGAAAAAUUCAAUUGAGACCACAGGUGUGGCUUCCACGCCACGCACAAUUUUCCCUGGCGACAACGAAAGAAAACAACCCAAAAAGUUUGUUCAUGCCACAUGCCGUCUGUGCCAAAAGAGGUUUUCUCAUGGCUAUGCACUGAAGUUACACAUGGUCCUACACAUGAGCGAGACUCCGUAUAAGUGUAAAAGCUGUGCUAAACGGUUCCGGUCUAAGGAAGGUUUAAGAGAACAUCACAGUAGUAACUUGUCUUGUUCGCGGUGCAGCAUCCGUCCAUCCACAAGCUCAAAGGUUCAAGCAGUACAACCUGUAGCAGAAACCACACCCCCAUUGAAAAAGGAUAGCAUUCUUUACAGGCAGUUGAAGUUGGUGUCGCAACAGGACGGACGGGUUAAGAACAAAGAUAGUCAACCGAAACCACAUCAGUGCUCUUACUGCGGCUGGGGCUUCUGGCUCAGGAAAGACUGCGUCGUUCACGAACGAAUUCACACUGGUGAGAAACCGUACGUCUGUAAGACAUGCGGGAAGAGUUUCGCAAGGAGCUACUCGCUGAAACUGCACAACAUGACACACUCUGGUGUGAAGCCGUUCCAUUGCCGUGUUUGUAAUAAGGGUUUCUACUGCCGCGGCAAUGUCAAUGCACAUGAGAGGAUACACACCAGUGCGAAGCCGAACCUCAACUGCAAGUGGUGCGGGGUGCCGUUUCGCUCACGCUCAGGAUUGAAGAAACACGAGAAGCUGAGACACAGUGGGGAAACCCUCAGAGAUGCCAACUCCAUGAACCUGGGGUCUACCUCAAAGAACAGAGAGGUCGAGAUACUUGUAGAGCCGGUUAAAUUGGUGAAAAGUGUUGGUUCUGAUUCUUUGCAGAAGAAGUCUAAGUCAGGUGUUUGCUCAUUUUGUGGUUGGAAUUUCCACAAUGUGGAGAGAAUGCGAAGGCAUCUUUACUGGCAUAGGAAACGGUACUUUGGCUCAUUCAAGAAACGCAGGCAACUUCACGAUUUAUACGGCAGCAAUGGACAACAGGAACGAGUUGGAAACAAGUUUAAAUGCACCACGUGUAAUGCGAGCUUUCACCAGCCAGCAGUGUUAAAGCUCCACCGGAAAUCCCACAGUAGCGAACAGCUAUAUUAUUGUGAUUGUUGUCCACUGAAGUUUGAGAUCUACAAUGAGUUCUCCCGGCACAAUGCCUUGCAUCACAGUCGGUUUGCUUGUCUCUACUGUGACAAAUUCAUUGAUGGCUCACAAGAACUUGCGGGACACACGAAAGCUUGUCGAGCUAGGAAGCUCCGUCUUUACUCUGGUAGCCAGGCUGCUAAGAAAGUGUCUCUACGCUGUAGCCGAUGCAAGGUAACACUCAGAGGACCCAACGCAAUGAGGUUGCAUAUCAGUCAUUGUCACUCUACAGCUCAUUACGCUUCUUGCCUCCAUUGCCAAAAGGGUUUCACCUCUCAGGAGAAAUUCAUGAGUCAUUUAGUCCGUGGCUGCUCUUCCUCAGACUCUGGAAUCUCUAUACACGUUGCUAGAUCAGAACAGAUUGGCUAUAAUCAAGCUUACAUGUCUGGGGAAACGAAUCCCAUAACGCCCGAAGUGUCUCAGUUUGGCCAGAUCUCAUAUUCAGAUACCAGUUUCGAAGUUUCCAAUGUAUCCCAGACCGUGCCACCCAGUGAGGCUGGUGGUUGGGUUCAAGAUGUGGUUGUAACAUCCGAAGGUCCUCAGAACCUUGUUGACCAGCAUCACACGGAUACAGGACCAGACUAUUUGAACCAAGGGGCUAGCACCAGCAAGGCAUUCCAGUGUCCGUAUUGCACGUCCUCGUUCGCACAAUCCUUCGGACUGAAACAACACGUGAGAAUCCACACGGGUGAGAAGCCAUUCAUCUGUCGGGAGUGCGGCAGGGCCUUCGCCCAGAAGAUCAACCUGAACCAACACAUGGCGACCCACUCUGAGGAGAAGCCUUUCAAGUGCCAACACUGCGGCAAGUGCUUCUCUCGCAAGGUCCAAAUAAAACGGCAUCUGGAGCGGAUGCACAGCAAGGAGCUGCCGUACAGCUGCGACCAAUGUCCCCGUAGCUUCAAGAGUAGCGACGAGUUGAAACGCCACGGCAUCAUCCACUUCGGUAAGAGGAGGCAGCACGCCUGCAAGUACUGCGGCUGGACCUUCGCAGAGAAGAGGGACAUGGUGAACCAUGAAAGGGUCCAUACCGGAGAGAAACCAUUCGCUUGUAAAGUGUGUGACAUGUCCUUCGCUAGAACGUACUCUCUGACGGUGCAUAUGCGAAGUCAUACGGGUGAGAAGCCACAUAAGUGUGAGGUGUGCUCGAAGGGAUGCUCCAGCGCUUACAAUCUUAAGUUACACUUAAAGACGCAUGAAAAACAACAGCAUUUAUCAGAAUCACCCAUGGUAAAGUUUUGGACAGAAAACUCAUAGACUUAAAGGUGCAAGUUGCCCUAAGGGUUGGACACAUUGGGCUGUGAAAGGCAUUUGUUAUGUAAUGAAUGUGGUCUGAAAGAAAUGUUUAAAGAAACAAAUAUAUCCCUUGAAAAUGCCUGGGUUUUAGUUAAAUUUUAUGACAGAACAUGGUGUUUCAUGACUGUUGUAGGACACAAUUUUGGACUCGACAAAAUGGCGGACCGUGUGUUUCGCUAGUCUUAUUUUCAGGAAAAUUGACUGUUUUUUAAUCACAACUCACUCAUUACAGCUCACUGUGUUUGGUUUAUGAACAACUCUUUAAAAUGGGCAAUUCCAAACAGAAAGAGGCAGUUUCCCCCUGGAGACGACUGGCCUGGUCCUUGGGGUCUUCCAAGUGGAUCAUCUCGAUAAACAUGAGUGACGUCACCAGCUCAAACAGCGCUCUCACUGACGUAAAAGAAAGACCUCUCAUUGGCUCAUGAAUAGACCCGUAUCAUGCUGUCUUUAUCUUGGUCAUGUUCCUUGUGCGAUUUACAAUAAUGAAUGCUUAUAAUCAUUUUGCAAAUAGGAACCAGACUAUUUUGUUCUUCCAGUCUCGAUUUGAUUACAUUGAUAUAAAUGGGGAAAAAUCAUGAUGGCUGCACCAUGAUAAAGGUCUAUAAUACGUGCGUGGCGGUAAUCCAUUGUUUAACCUCUGUGAUGUCAAGGGGUCUAUGUCUACUCGGCCCUCCCAUUAAUUUGAAAAAAACAGCAUAAAUCGAAAAUGACAUUUUAAAGAAAAGUUUGACAUACAGAGAUUUUGCCAUUAAAAGUGUAAAAGAGGGUGAUAUAGGAAUAGUGUUAUAAUCAUACACACAAUGUUUGCCUUUGAACCUUUGAAAUGGAAAAAAACCUAAAUUUUAUACACAGAAAUUAUCUUCAAACAUUCUUUGUAAGGCUGUUGUACCAUAGAAGGGCCGUAUUCCUAGUCACAAAUUGCCAUCCCCUGAUUAGAUCCCCUGGUCCAACUUCAUUGCGCUGCUUAACGGUGAGAGAAUAUCCGUGCUAACUGUAGCACAUGUGUUUAAGCAUUAGCGUGUUCACAGGGUUGGAAGAAACUUCGGUGGCCAUCUUGCGCUUUCAUUUUGAAAUGGAAAUGUUACGUCAUGGCUUCUGGCUUCUGACUGGCACCCCGAACAAAUUGACAAAAAUAAUAGGGACACCGCCAAUAUAGGGCUAGAUAGCCCA